ACAGGAAAUACAAGGACACGAUCUGCUCUGGCUUUCUCUCUCUUGAUAUAAUCCCUAUGUGACAAAUGACAACCUGUAGUGCUGUCUGUCACGUGUCCAACUAUAUCUGAGGGUGGCCCCUCAGCAGUAGGAAGAGGUCCUCUGGAUACAUUUGUCGAUGGAUACCUUGGGAAUGGUGGGCGACGGCUGCCUGUCACCAGACAACUACCAUGACAUGCUGAAGGGAGGGGGGUCUAGCGGAGGAGGCCGGGUCCACAGCAUCGAUGUGAUCUUGGGCUUCAGUAAGGACCAGGACCCUCUGCUGACCCCUGUGGGGGACGUGGGGAUCCAUAAUGUGGCCACUGAAGGCCUGGAGGACCACCAGGGGAAGCAGGUCAAGUCAGACCCUUACGGACAGCUGGCCAGCUUGGGGGACAGCACACAGCACUCUGACUUCCACGAGUCAGGCCUUUUCUCCAGUGAAAAGUGUGAUGGGGACCUGGGGGACCUCCAGAAGGGGUUGGACAGCGACAGGGGGAAGUCACCUGAGCCACCAGAGGAAGACCACCCCAGGAAGAAGCACCGGCGUAACCGCACCACCUUCACCACCUACCAACUCCAUGAGCUGGAGCGGGCCUUUGAGAAGUCCCACUACCCUGACGUCUACAGCAGAGAAGAGCUGGCCAUGAAGGUUAACCUCCCAGAGGUUCGCGUACAGGUAUGGUUCCAGAACCGUCGGGCUAAGUGGAGACGUCAGGAAAAGAUGGACUCCAGCUCCUUGAAGCUCCACGACUCCCCCAUGCUGUCCUUCAACCGGCCGCCCAUGCCCUCCAACAUGGGGCCCAUGUCCAACCCAUUACCCCUGGAUCCCUGGCUGGCCUCGCCCAUGUCCAGUGCCACCCCCAUGCAUACUAUCCCUGGCUACAGGGCCCCAGGGCAGGGCCCUCACCUUCAGCCUGCCUACCCCAGCCACUCCCACAGCUUCCUCAACAGCCCCCCAGUACAUGGUGUGGUGCACCAGGGGAUGGUGCAAGGAAUGCAAGGGAGGCAAAGCAUGCAGUCAAUGGCUCCGCCUCCCUACCAGUGUCACCCUAGCUUCAAUGAUAACUACCCUAUGCAUGAGGAAGUGGAACGUAGCUCCAGCAUCACAGCGCUGAGGAUGAAGGCUAAGGAGCACCUUCAUUCCUUGGAUAAAACCUGGCAGCACAUGUGAUCCAUUGGAGAGGAGAUGUUCUGUAUGAAGGCUGUCAACACGUGAUUGUAAUCACAAAAACAAAGACGUUCUGUAUAAAGAUGGUCUCUAUUUUCCUGGAUAUCAAUUGAAUAGGGGGGGCACACAUCCUGAUGGAGAGGAUAUGUGGCACCUUGUCAACUUGUUGAGUGACUUGUGAAAACAGAACUGAUGAUCAAUUUAUCAUCAAGCUUUGAUGAUCGAUUUAUACUCCGGAUUCAAUUGAACUCGCACUGUAGUGGUCUUGCGAUGGCGGGCUGGAUUGUUGACCAAUAUGUCCCCCUAUCAGUGGAAAGGGACAGGAAAGACAUCUAAUACUGCGGAAUUCCAUAUUAGGGCCAGGAGUUUUCCUGACCAUGUGAGCUGACUACAAUAAGAAAUUAUCCUGGCCUAGAUGAGGCAAUAUUAUGACCUGACCAGGUAAAACUCCUGGCCUAGAUGAGGUAGUAUGAGCUGAGGCAGUGACUCCUAAAAUGUUCUCAGAAGACUCAGUCCUGGCAGAUCGAGGUUGAGUUGAGAAAAUGCUCUAUCUUGGGUAAUCUGUCACGCCUGCUAAUUUGGUCGGACAACCGUACCACUUAACACCUAAUAAACAGUUUUUAAAGCGAUUAACCUCGGGUUAACAAUUGAUGGACAGCUGCUCUCAGAGUCUCCCUGAAACCCCUUAGAUCCUAUUCAAGGCCUGCUAGUCAGUCACAUCCUUUCCUCCUUUCCUUUCCUAAUUUCCUUUCCUCACCUUUCCUCCUUUUCUAUUCCUCUCCCACUGUUUUACAGAAAUGCUGCUAGUUUGUUAGUUUCUGUUCAUACACACACCACACUAGGAUUUAUACAUUAGAGUGCCUGACAGACUACUACAUGUGUGCUGGUGUACAGCGUUGGGGUUAACCUCUCUGGCACCAGUGGGACGGUAGCGUCCCACCUCGACAACAGCCAGUGAAAUUACAGGGCGCCAAAUUCAAAACAACAGAAAUCCC